AUGGACAAACUCGAUCUCUUUGGCGAAUCACCCGCUAAGGAUCUCAUUUCCGAUUUUUCCUCACCAAACCCACCACCUCAAAAGUCGUCAUCCUCGUUUAAACUGACUCUUCCGCCGGGCUUAUUGCUUGGAAUUCUUAAAUAUCUUCCCAUCACUUCUCUUUCAAAUUUCGCGCGUGCAUGUCGUCGAUUCAAAGUCCUGGUUUACGACGAUGAGCUAUGGGAACAUCAUUUGAAAACGCUGGGAGUGCAUAAAGGAUAUGAUAUAAAUGAGAAUAUUCCUUUAGACACCUUCUUUGUGAGCUCAAGGCUGUCGAAAGAAAAAAAUGAAGCUAAUGACGAUGCCAUGACAGCUGACGUGGAAUCCUUGGCUUCCACACCCUCACCCGUAACACCACGUGGAAAUUUGUUGGAUUUUUCAAUAACGAAGGCGCGAUCUCAAAGAACAUUGAGCUUGAUUCCUGGACUACCUCUUGACCCUUUUUCUCAGAAAUCUCGGGCCGCGUCCACAGGGAUUUCAAGAGCUAUUUUCAAAAAGAUCUACACAGAGUUAUUACCAUAUUACAUAGAUUUCAGAAAUAGGAGAAAUGAUAGUCGAUUGUUCAAAGAAUACACCGAUCCAACAGAACAGGUCAAAAUGUUGAGCAGGUUAAUGACCUUUAGCAAACUGAAUAUUAGUUUAGACUCUGACCAG